AUGAACGUGUUUGCCUGCGGUACGCGAAGAAAAAUGGCUGACAGUAAAAAAGAGUCAAGGGCGGCUUGGCUGUCAUAUUUUCUGAACUUAUAAUAGUUUUGUAAUGUAGUUUUUGUAGAUGUAUUUGUAUAAUCGCAAACAAUCGUGUGUAUGUCUCAAAGUGAAGAUUAAACAAUGAGUGAGGAGAGUGAUUAUGAUGUCUUCAGUCAUGCAGUGCGAAGGGGGAAGAGACGUUCUCGAAUAGAAGACUCUGGCAGUAGUACUGAUAGUCCUUUUGAACAACACCGAAAGCGUAGGGGAGUUCCAAGAGUUGCCAGUGAUCCUGAAAGCAGCAGUAGUGACAGUGAUAGCCCUGUGGAAAAACCUGCUUUAAGAGUGCGAGUACCUCGAGUUGUGAGUGAUGAAGAUGGCAGCUGUGAUGAAUUGGAAGGGUCACAGUGGGAUGAAGUCGAUGGAGAAGAUGGUUCUGGUGAUGAAGAGGAAGAAGAAAAUGCAUCUGAGGAGUAUUCCAGCACAGACUCAGAGGAGAGUGCAAGCAGCAGCUGUUCUGAUUGGGAGAGUUUAGAAGAGAUAGAGGAUAAGUCAGGGGAAACUGGUUCAUCCUCUCUGGAGCCUUGUGCUGCUCCCACAGUCAGUGCAAAUGAAUCCAAGGCUUGUGAUGGUGGGGCAUCAUCAUCUAAAGCAGUUCCUUCUGCUGCUUACCUGUCAGAUAGUAGUGAUGGGCAAUCAGAAAAGUGCCCUAUUUGCUUACGUAAUUUUACUACGCAAGAGGUUGGGACUCCUGAGGCUUGUGACCAUAGUUUCUGUGCAGACUGUCUGCAAGAGUGGUCAAGGAAUGUCAAUACUUGCCCAGUAGAUCGACAGGUGUUUACCUUAAUCCUUGUUCGACGCUCUCUGGAGGGAAAAGUUGUUAGAAGGAUUCCCGUUGAACCACCAAGACAACAGAGUGAAGAUGAAGUUCAGGAGGACCCAACAUACUGUGAAGUGUGUGGUGAAUGUGAUCGUGAAGACCGCAUGCUGCUUUGUGAUGGAUGUGACCUUGGUUAUCAUCUGGAAUGUCUGGAUCCUCCAAUGGAUACCGUGCCUCUAGAGGAAUGGUUCUGCCCUGAUUGUGUCUUGUCUAACUCGGUCAAUCUCGCAGAGGAGGUUGACAUUCAGGAUGGUGAAUUAACAGCCCUUCUGGAGGAUGCACCAGUUUGGGGACUGCCACCACUUCGUCCACGUGUAUCACGUUUGCUGCCCCGAACAAGGCAAAGUGAGCGUGUAAGAGCUACAAUGAUAACUCGACAAAGACAACAGAGUGAGGGGAGGCAACAGAUAGAUCAAACACAACCCUCAACAUCAUCAGGCAUUGAUUCUUUGGAAGCUGACAGCAGUGCCAGUGUUGGUAGCAUAAGGCAAAGGCUCUUGACAAAUACAACCAAACCAGCACAUAAACAUAGGAAAACAACAAAGCGUGGGACAACCAGAAGAAGGAAGAAGAGGCGUAAGGCAUCAGGAGCCAAGAAGUCCAAAAGAACCACUUCAUCAACUAAAGGCACUUUAAAUGAAACUUCAAAAAGGAAGCAGAAGAAAAGAAGAAAAGUUAAACGAAAGAAAAGAAAAGCCAUAUCUCGCAGAGCAAGAAGACCUGCUCGGAUAGCAGUGCCCCACUCGGUAAAAGGACGCUUAGCCGAACAUCUAGGAGUGUGUCCACCACGGAGGCCAGGCCAGACAAUACCUGAUGUUCGACCUCGUGUUACUUCAACUCGGAUUGACUUCCAGCGAAGUCGAGCCGGCAUCCCCACGUUACACUUGUUUGGUCAGAGAGACCAACUUGAUUACUUUUCAUCUGGGUCUGACUAUGAGGGUAAUGGUGAUAUGGGUGGAGAUGUGUCUUUUAUGGCACACCCUCACAUCCUUUCUUCAGUGACCAGUUCUGUCUCAUCCAUCCGUUCGGCAACUGGCAACCUGCUUUCUGACACAGGUGGCAGACUGUCAGAUGAACCAUCAUGUGACCUCGUUGGCAGUAUACUGAACAGUCAAGCAGUGUGGCAUUCCAAGAAGUCUGUGGUCACUAUCAAUCGUGAUGGAAGUUUGCAUAUUAAAAGUGAUGAAGGUGGUGGGACUCUAAGAAGGAACACAGAAAAGAGUGCUCUAAGUGAUAGUGGUGUGAAUAGAAUUGAGGAAGGUUUAAUUGUAAGAACAGAUGACAAGCUCUCACAGAUUAGCAGCAGUGAAGUACCAGUGAAUGUGACUGAAGCUGGUUCUUCUGCUUCUGGACAUGUAACCCAGGCACCGAUGUAUCCCGGUCGCAGUGGAAGUAGCAGUACGAGGCCACCUUCUGGUGGUGGUUUUCAACAGUUUGGAAGUAAUAGGUAUAGUAAUAGUCCCUCUUACCAUAGCUAUCUGAGUGGGCGUGGUUACUCACACUUCCCUCCAUCAUCGAGUUUUGACUCUCGUGGAUCCCGAACUGGAUAUGUGAAUUACUUAAAUAGUGGACCUCUCCCACCCUUCAGAAGUACUCCACUUAGGUUUCGCAUGUCUCCGAGGUAUCCUCGAAGGCCACUGAUGCCCAUAAUUAGACCACAGUUUCACCAGCAACAGAUACAGCAGAUACCUCCAAGUAAUGUGGAGGAGUUUCAGGCCGAGGAUGGUGGUUCAGAAAGUCAGAAACAUCAUUCAUCAAGGCCAGAUGAAGAGGAAGAUGAGAUAGAUAUAUACAGUGAUAUUGAAGUCGGGGGUGGAUCUGGCAGUGGAGGUCCAGGAGGUGGAGGAUCAGAACCUGAUGAUGGUGAUAGAAGUGUGGAACUGGGUUAUGAAGCUUUACCUCCUCCUCCUAUACCUCCAGCAAUGCUCAUGGGGAUGGGUGGGGAUGCAAUGAGUGAUGAAGAACCAGGCAGUGAUAGUGAACUUGUGAUAGAUGACAACAUUGCACCUUCAUCUCCUCCUGACAGUUCAGAUCGAUAUGAUCCAGAAGAAGCUACUGCUAAACCAGAAAUACCAGAGUCUGAUACUGAUGAAGAGGAGGAAGCUGCUGUUAGAACUGUUAACAGUAUUCCUCCCCUACCUCCUCCCCUUCCUCCUCCUCCUCCUCCUGAUGCGUUUUCUGCAACGUGUAGUUCCCGUAUCAUUGCUCAUUCCUCCUCUAAUUCCAGCGCAAGCUACUUGCAUUCACCAACCUAUGGAGAUAGUUCUGUAUUGGGAUCUGAUGGGAAACUUUCUUCUGAUAGUGUCUCACAAGCUGUACAAGAUGUUUUGAAGGAUCAUCUCACAGAGGCCUCUUCCAUUGUUCGAAGGGAAUUAGGAGUUAUUGCUGAUGAGCGUUCAGAAAGGCAUUCAUCAGUAGAUGAAGAAGAAGAAGGUGAAGAGUGUCCAAAUUUUUCUAUUUACUCAGCAACAAGCAUGGACAUAGCUAGAAGAACUGGAGAUGAUGAUGAUGAUGACGACGACAUUCCUAUUCCCAAGGUUAGUACAAAUUUUGAAAUGGCAGAGGAUACAAAAAUUGACAGUGAUAUUGAGAAAGAAAAUAAGAGUAGUCCAGGAGAUGAUAAAGAUGAAAAUAGUAAUCUUAGCAUUGGUGAAGAAUUGAUAAGCCAUCGAGGAAAAUGUGAAAGUUUUGACCUUGAAGGGAAAAAAUCCAAAUCUAAUGCAAAACCUAAAGAUGGUGAACUCUCUAACAAACGACCUGAAAUCACUGUUGUGGGUGGAGAAGGACAUAAGAAUUGUGUAGUACGAAAAAUGGCUGAUGAGAUCCGUGAACCAGAAGCCUCAGAAGAGCUUAAAAAAUUAAGUUUAGUCGAAGAGAUAUUUGGAUCAGAUGAUAACGACAGUCUUAUCGGGGGAGUAACAUCAGCAGUUACAGUGAACAUUGCUCCUCAGGCCACUGUAACUCCACUGGGAUUGGAAGGACUUGAUACAGAGACCAUAUCAGAAACAGAAGAAGCCAUAAACUUUGAAGAUGACCUCAGUCAAGAUGAUGGAUUCUUAACUGCAGAAGAAGAUGGUGAAAUUCCUUCUGUCAAAAGGAAAAAGAAGAAGAAAAACCGUAAACCUUCUCUUGGAGGCAGUGCGGGUGAAGAAGCUUCAUCAGCCAAGGAUCAGACUCUACAGGAUAUAAUUGAUUAUGAAGAAGGUGAGAUUGUUGAUGACAGGCCAAAACAACAUGAAUCAUUAAAGAAAGAUAAAAAGAUUUCAGAAAAGAAAGAAAAGCUGAAGUAUGAGGACAUACAAAGGAUAGAUGAGAAUUUUGAUGUUACAGCUAAAUCCAAAAUAGUGACUUCAGAAGAAGAGAAGAAAAAGAAAAAGAAGAAAUCUAGUGGUGACAAGGCCAGAACAUCAAAGGAGAAGACAUUGCUAAGCAUCAGUGAAAAUAAAGAAAAAAACAAGGACAAAUCCAAUAAAGCAGAUGAAUCCAGUAUAGCCUGGAAGAAGCUGUCAAAGAGUUCCAAAGAAAGAAAUUAUCGUGACCCAAAGUCAAAACCUGAUGCUGAUUCUUCAAAGGUAAAGGAAGUGGGUAAAAAGAAGGAUACUGCAGGUAAAGAUGGUGCUGGGAAGAAGGAAAAGAAAAAGAAAGAGAAGCGCAAAGACAUGGAGAGGUAUGAUGUGCGUAAAAUUGUUACUGAUAAAAAGCGAAAACGCAGAGAUGCUUUUGGUCGUGAUUUAUCUAGAGAACGAUCAUACACAAAGUCUCGUUCUAGGUCACGUGGAAGAUCGUAUGAUAGGUCCCGAGGAAGGUCAAGGUCAAUUUCUCGGUCCAGAGUCACUCGCUCUAAAGGUAGAUCACCACUGAAAUCAAGAAUAAGAUCACGUAGUAGGUCUAGGCUUUGUUCAAGAAGCCGAUCUCGCAUUAGGUCAAGAAGUCGAUCGAAGACCAGGUCCAAAGUGAAGUCAAAGGAAAGAUUACGGAAAAGUAGGUCUAAAGAGAAGCAACGCCCCAGGGUUAGUAGAAGUAGGAGUAGAGGAAGGAGGACUAGGUCUUGGAGUCGCAGCAGAUCAAGAAACAGAUCACACCUAAGAUCACGAAGUAGAUCCCCUGUACGAUCCAGAGAUAGAAGAGACCGAAGCAGAGAGCGGAGGGGCUCAGAAAGGUGUAGAUAUCGUGACAGAAGAUCCUGGUCUCACUCAUGGACUCCGUCUUGGUCACGAUCCCAUUCACUGUCUUGUUCCUCAUAUUCUCAGUCUCGUACUCCAACACCUAGACGAUUUAAUCGCUCCUAUUCCCGUUCUUUCACACGGUCAUGGUCACGAGAACAACAUGAAAGAAUUCCAGUUAUUGAAAAAAAAUCUGGAGCAAUAUCAAAGACAGCCAAGAAAUUAACUGUGAUUGUACCCAAUACAAAGGACGAUUCAGAAAGACAUAGAAAGAAAGAAAAAAAGCGAAAGGAAUCAAAGAAAAAUAAAGAUGCAGUUGCUCCUUUAGAAAAGCGAAAGAAAAGAAAGGAAAAAUCUCCUGCUCCUUCAAAGGAAGUGUUCACUUCAGGAGACAACAUUUUGGUCAGUGUUAACUUUAAAUCUAAUAAAACUACUGGUAGCAAAGAUGUGUUAACUACUAGUGGUGCUGUUGCAGUUGCAGUCAAGGAUCCUUCAAAAAGGAAGCAGAUUGAUGGCCCCUUUGAAAUGGACAGAGAGUCAACAAAGAAACUCAGGAAAGAUAAAGGUAACAAAGAGAAAGCUUCACCACAUCAAAAAAAUGGUGGUGCAGGUGGUGACAAAACUGUAGUUCGUUCUGGGGAGAAGAAAUCCAAAAAGGGUGUACAGAAAGCUGGAAAUAAAGCAUCAAGAGUAGCAGCCCUUAUUAACAAGAAACCUGUUGCUAUUAUAGAUCUAGAUCAGUCUCCUUUUCAUGAGCAGACACCAUCUCCAAGAGAUCUCAUAGUUUUGAGUGAUAGUGAAGAGGAUCAUAUAACCAAGGAGGGUAACAGGGAGGAAUUAGCUGAUUCACUGAGUAGCCGUAGAAGUAUGAGACAAAACAGUUCCAGCCCAAAAUCAUCUUCAAAACAAGGUAUUAAUACUGCUCCGAGUGGUACGAUAGCACGCACCCCUGAAUCUCAGUCACCACCAGUGAAUGCAAUUGGUAGCUACCUUGUAACUAGUACAGGACCCAAAACUCCACCCGAACCACAAAUCAAGUUCUCAAUUGCAGCAAAACCACAGUUACGAUCUAUCAACAAUCCAUUGAGAGAGGAUGAAGAGGACAUGACUGAAGAGGUUGGUCUUGAUGAUUUGGAUCAGAGGAUAGAGGAGGAGCUGGAUAGGGAACUUGACAGGGGAUUGGGAGAGAUGCUUCAUAAAGGUCCAAACACACCCCCAGAACCACGUGGUCCAACCACACCAUGUUCUCCACCUACUUCUCCUGAUGCAUAUGAUCCAUUUGAUCCUACAAAGUCAGGAACACCGUCUCCAGUGGGAGCUUGUGCCAGUAUGGAUGGCCCUCCCAGUCCUUCUCAUACACCAACGGAGCAGUUAAUACAGCACAGUGUAAUAGAUCAGGAAUCUCCUGUAGUUAGUGAUAUAGAAGAUCUAGCUAGUAAGUCUUUAGAAGCUAGAGUGACAACCCCAACAAUAGCCUCUGCAGAAGAAGCAGCAGAUCAGUCAAGUCAGUCUCCAGAAAGAGCAAAGCUGUCAGUUCGUGGUGAUAUGGCAAGCUCGCCUUCCAUUGUUCCUGAAGCUGCAUGUUUGCCACCUCCAGUUUCAAGUGAUAAUGAAAUGUCUCAGCCCUCUGAAAUGGCUGAAGGAUCAGAGAAGUCAAAACAGAUAUCGGUGAAUCUGCCUCCUUCAGGCCCAUCAAUUACUUCAACUGAUCCUAAUACUAUUCAGUCACCGGAAUGUAGUAUUCCAGUAGUAAUAACUUCACAACAAAAUAUACCGGGGACUCCAGUCAAACCUCAACAUUUCCCCUCCACAAAUGUGAAACAAGUAACUCAGCAGCAACCCAUAACUUCCACACCAACACAUUCUACAGCCCCUGCUCCAGUAUUUCCCACUCUUACGCCAGCCAAUAUAGCAAGUAUUCUAUGUACACCACCUCCAUCAACCUUACCUCUAAGUCGUAUGACUUUGUUUAACCCUCCUGUCAUGGCAGUUCCCCAACUGAUGGUUCAUCAUCAUCCACAGCAACAACAACAGCAACAGCAGCAGACACCACAGCAUCAUCUUAUUGGUUCUCCCAUUAUUGUGCAGCAAAGGCCACUUCUCAGCAUAGCAAGAACUACACCCGAAAGGCUGGUUCCUCCAUUGUCAAAACUUCCACCAGUCAGAUCAACAACAGUGCAGAAUGGGGAGCAGACACAAACUUCACAAAAACAACCUCAAGAUACAACAACAGAUGUAGUGGACAUGGAUCUUGAGUCACCGUAUUCACCUGGGUCCAGUGAAGGAGAUGAUCUGUUUGAUCCUCCAGCAGACAUUAAAUCAAGUGGCACAGGCUCAUCAUUUACUGCCAUGAGUAAUGAACGGAAUCGAACAUUGCCACAGCCCGCUAAAAGCUCUAAUAAACUCCCACUGCCGCUUGCAGCAGUGCUUCACAAAUCACCUAGUAAGCCUCCUACCACUCAAGAUAAAUUUGAUUCUGUAUUUGGUCUUUCACCUCUGCGUGCCAACAAGAUGACGCCUGCCCGAGCAACCGGACGAUCAGCUGCCAAGGUACUUCAUGUGAAGGGUAGCAAAAUAAAGCAAGGAAAACAUGACAGAAGCAAAAGUUGCAAAAAAGAAAUUGCAAUCAAGAUGGAUGAGGACCAACUACAAAUUUUGGAUGAUUUGCCAAGCUCUGCGGUAGAAUUGCAGGUGAAGGACAAGUUCCUGAAAAAACUGAAUCGACAAGAAAGGGUAGUGGAGGAGGUGAAAUUGUCACUAAAACCGCACUACACAAAGAAGCACAUUACAAAGGAAGAGUACAAAGAUAUUCUUCGACGUUCGGUUCCUAAGAUAUGCCACAAUAAAUCUGGCGAAAUCAAUCCAAUCAAGAUCAGUUCUCUUGUUGAAGCUUACGUCAAGAAAUACAGAUAUGCAAAAAAGAAAAAUGCCAUAGCAGGGAAGGGAAAAGUAAACAAAACAACAAUGUGGAGCUGAUCCUAGUAUGGCAGAUUUUGGUAAGUAGGUCUUCAUCAUCCUCACUCAGUUCUACUAUGAAGAAUUUUCUACUUCUUACCUUGCACCUGUUCAGCAAUUUACAGACAGCAAGUGAUUAAAAAGUCUGCAGAGAUGUUACUUCACAGAAUUUGUACAUAAAAGAAAAUAAAAAUAGUACUAAAUUUUCUUUGGCUGUAUUAAGAUACAUAUAUCAUUACAUGGUCAUGUGUCAGUAUUUGAUUUAUAGUCUUUAUAGGUAUUACCGAAAUGUACAUAAAAUCACAAUAUUAGUUAAUAUUAAAUUCUUCAUGUUUAUGACUUAUUCUGGGAUUAUUUUAUACCGAGUUGACCACUUCAAUGCAAUGCAAGGGAUGAAGUUGCCAUCAUGUAAUUAACAAAUGAUUUGUGAAUUUUGCUUAUUGAAUAUUUAUACAUGAAACUGUGCUUUAAAAAUGUUGAUACUGACAUUGUAAUGGAAAAUGAGAAAAUUGACAAAUGAGUCAUUAUCACAUUUUGUCUCAACAAAAAUUGUACGAUUCCGUGCGGCUUGUUAUUCUGUGGAUAGGAAGUGUUUUCUUUUUCUUUAUUUCCUCAUGUCUGAAGUGCAUCAGGUAGUGGUUUAGUGUCAAAUUUAACACACUUUCAGUAUAAAUACCAGUUUAAUUGUGGGUUGUAGAAAUUAUUGUGAAGAAACAAGUCAUCGUGUCUUUGUUUUAUAUUUUUAACUCACAGUUAAAUUAAACACUGUUAGAGAGCAAGAAUCGUGUUGACCUGCGGAGAUUUUGAAGAGAGACAUAAUCUUACAUUAAGAAUGCAGCAGGACUGUAUAUUAUAACGAAUUGUGAAUUUGUGUGAUGGUUACUGUUCUUUUAUUUUCCAACACAUACUUGUCCCGUUGGAAGUACAGACUUUUGCAAAAUACCAGUCAUUUUGGAAUGGGGGAAAUGUAGAUAUUUACUGAAGACAUUGUGUUAAGUGUAUGUAAUUUCAUUAAAAGAAGGUUUAGUGAACGUA